CGGAGGAGCGCGCGCGCGCCCCCUCCCUCCCCCUCCCUCCCCCCUCCCCCCAAUUUCCACCGCGGCCAAUUCAUGGACAGGAACUACCCCAGCGCCGGCUUCGGGGACCCGCUCGGCGCCGGGGCGGGUUGGAGUUACGAAAGGUCAGCGAAAGCUAGCUUGGUCUAUGGCAGCUCCAGGACAUCGCACCCCGAGACGGACAUCUUGCACCGCCAGGCCUACGCGGCCCCCCACCCACUGCAAAGCUAUGCCACCAACCACCACCCGGCAGGCCUCUCCGGGCUCUUCGACGCUGGCCUCCACCAUGCGGGCUCGGCAGGGCCCGACGCCUCCGUCAUGAACCUCAUCUCAGCCCUGGAGUCCCGGGGCCCACAGCCUGGCCCCUCUGCCUCCUCUCUCCUCUCCCAGUUCCGCAGUCCCUCCUGGCAGACAGCUAUGCACACGCCAGGCCCCACGGAGCUGUUCAUCUCGGGCGCCCUUCCAGGUUCCAGCACCUUCCCGUCCUCCUCGGCCCUGUCGGCUUACCAGCACCCGGCAUCCUUUGGUAGCCGCCCUUUCCCGGUGCCGUCAUCCCUCAGCUUACAGGACCCUCCUUUCAGUCCCCCCGCCAAUGGGCUCCUAUCCCCUCACGACGUGCUGCACCUCAAGCCUUCCCAGGCGCCCACCGUGCCCUCCUCUUUGGGCUUUGAGCGCCUGGCAGGGAGUGGUGUCCUGGGGCCUGCUGGGCUUGGUCCAGCACAGACACCUCCUUACCGCCCUGGCCCCCCAGACCCACCUCCACCUCCCCGCCAUCUCCCGACUCAGUUUAACCUGCUGGCUUCCUCCUCCGCCGCUGCGGCUGCUGCAGCUGAGCAGUCCUCCCCCCAGCUCUACAAUUUCUCAGGGGCUGCCCCGGGUCCCCCGCCGCCGGAGCGGGCCCUGCCCCGCCAGGAUACGGUCAUCAAGCACUACCAACGGCCUGCCAGCGCCCAGCCCCCGCCGCCCCCCGCCCACGCCCUGCAGCACUACCUGAGCUGUGGCGGCAGCUACCCCUCCAUGGGCCACCGAGCCAACCUGGCCUGUAGCCCCCUGGGUGGGGGAGAGCCCUCCCCGGGCGCUGGCGAACCCAGCAAGGCCGGACCCACCGGAGCUACCACCGGGGCUUCUGGCCGAGCCACCGGUCCUGAUGCGGCUGGCGGAGGUGGGGCGGGAGGCGGUGGGGGCGGCUACCGCCCUAUCAUUCAGUCUCCUGGUUACAAGACCGGCAAAGGUGGUUAUGGAGCAGCGGCAGGAGGCGCCGCCAGACCCCCGCCACCUCGCUCUACCGCCACGCCCAAAUGCCAGAGCCUGGGUGGACCAGCAGCCGCCUAUGCCCCGGGCAAGGCUUCUGGGGCUGGUGGAGCUGGGGGCCAGGCCUAUUCCCCCGGCCAGCCUCAGGGGCUGCUGGGACCCCAGGCCUAUGGGCAGGGUUUUGGAGGUGGGCAAGCACAGGACUUGAGCAAAGGCCCUGGCUACUCAGGGGGUCCGCCACAGCCUCCCAGCGGCCCUCCGCCCCCUGGACUAGCCACUUGUCAGAGCUAUUCCCCAGACCAGCUGCAGGGGCAGCUGUACGGGGUACAGGGAGAGCCGUACCCCGGACCAGCUGCACACUCUCAGGGGCUACCCACGGCGAGCCCCUCGCUCAGCUACAGCACUGGCCAUUCCCCUGCGCUCUCAGGCCACGGGGGUGGCUGGGGACCCAGCUCCCUGGGCGGUGGUGAUGAGGCCAGCCCAUCCCACAUUAUCCGCCCGCUCCAGUCCCCACCUGCCACUGGCCGCCCACCUGGAGUUGGCUCCCCUGGAGCCCCGGGCAAAUACCUGAGUUCUGUCUUGGCCUCAGCCCCGUUCCUAGCGCCCCCAGGGGCCGGCAGCUAUGCCACCGGAGCAGGAGGCUACAAGGGCAAAGGUGAUGGCUCAGAGCUGCUGGCGGGCCCUGGUGGGCCACCCGCUGAGCGCACAGAGGACGAGGAAUUCCUCAUCCAGCAUCUUCUACAGGCUCCCAGCCCACCUCGGACCUCGGGGGCCGAUGGCCUGGUGGGCGAGGACGGGUCGGCAGAUGCCUCCAAGGGACUUGGGGGGAGUGGUGGGGCCAGGGGGCCGCCAGGCACGCCCUAUGAGUUGGCUAAGGAAGACCCGCAGAGGUACCACCUGCAGAGUGUCAUUCGCACCAGUGCCAGCCUGGACGAGGGCGCCACCGCUGCCCUGGAGCUGGGCCUGGGAAGGCUGAAAGAGGAGAAGAAAGGUCCUGAGCGGGGCGGCGAGACCCCCGAGGGGCUGGCCACCUCGGUAGUCCACUACGGAGCUGGUGCCAAGGAGCUGGGGGCAUUUUUGCAGAAGAGCCCACCACCACCACCACCCUCAGCUCAGCCCACGCAGCCCACCCCGCAUGGCCUCCUCCUGGAGGCCGGGGGUCCCAAUCUCCCUCUGGUGCUCCCGCCACCUCCCCCACAGCUGCUCCCCUCUGUCCUCAGCCAUGCCCCUAGCCCCUCCUCCAGCGCCCCCAAGGUCGGUGUCCACCUCCUUGAGCCAGCCACCCGAGACGGGGCACCCCAGCCACCACCACCUCCACCACCCCCACCCCCGCCACCCAUGCCCCUCCAGCUGGAAGCCCACCUGCGCAGCCACGGCCUGGAGCCUGCCGCCCCCAGCCCUCGCCUGCGACCAGAUGAGAGCUUGGAGCCGCCAGGUGCCAUGCAGGACCUGCUAGGUGCCCUAGAGCCGCUGCCCCCAGGGCCUGGUGACACUGGUGUGGGCCCACCCACUUCAGAGGGCAAGGACCCAGCAGGCGCCUACAGGAGCCCAAGUCCUCAAGGCACCAAGGCGCCCCGCUUUGUGCCCCUCACCUCCAUCUGCUUCCCCGACUCGCUGCUCCAGGAUGAAGAACGCAGCUUCUUUCCCACCAUGGAGGAGAUGUUUGGGGGAGCGGCAGCAGAUGACUAUGGCAAAGCAGGGCCACCUGAGGAUGAGGGAGACCCCAAGGCGGGUGCUGGGCCUCCUCCAGGUCCCCCCACCUAUGACCCAUACGGGCCCUACUGCCCGGGUAGGGGAGCUGGAACCGGGGCUGAGACUCCAGGCUUGGGCCUGGACCCCAACAAGCCCCCGGAGCUGCCCUCCACGGUCAAUGCCGAGCCCCUGGGCCUCAUACAGAGUGGCCCCCACCAGGCGGCUCCACCGCAGCCCCCGCCACCUCCACCACCUCCUCCACCACCCCCACCAGCCUCGGAGCCCAAGGGUGGCCUCACCUCGCCCAUCUUCUGCUCGACUAAGCCAAAGAAGCUGCUCAAAACAUCCUCUUUCCACCUCCUACGCCGCCGUGACCCACCCUUCCAGACACCCAAGAAGCUGUAUGCCCAGGAGUACGAGUUUGAGGCAGAUGAGGACAAGGCUGACGUCCCAGCAGACAUCCGCCUCAAUCCCCGGCGCCUGCCCGACCUGGUGUCCAGCUGCCGCUCUCGGCCAGCCCUCUCGUCCCUGGGCGACAUUGACUUCUGCCCGCCCAACCCAGGCCCUGACGGCCCCCGGCGCCGAGGACGCAAGCCCACCAAGACCAAGCGCGAUGGUCCUCCCCGGCCACGCGGGAGACCCCGGAUCCGUCCCCUGGAGGUUCCCAUGGCCACCAGUGGCGCUGGGCCAGCUUCAGCCUCCACAGCCAGCGAAGGAGCCAAGAAGCCCCGGGGCCGGGGUCGGGGUCGGGGCAGGAAGGCUGAGGAGACGGGGGGUUCCCGGUUGGAGCCCUUGAAGCCACUGAAGAUCAAGCUAUCUGUGCCCAAGGCCGGCGAGGUGCUGGGAGCUACCUCGGGUGACACCAUCCCCGGCACUGACCACAACAGUCUGGACUCCAGCCUGACGCGGGAGAAGAUCGAAGCCAAGAUCAAGGAGGUGGAGGAAAAGCAGCCGGAGAUGAAGUCGGGUUUCAUGGCCUCCUUCCUGGACUUCCUCAAGUCAGGCAAGCGCCACCCGCCGCUCUACCAGACAGGCCUGACGCCCCCGCUCAGUCCCCCCAAGAGUGUGCCACCCUCGGUGCAAGCCCGAGGCCUGCAGCCCCAGCCGCCCACCGCCCCCCCUGCUGUGCCACACCCCCAGCCUACCAGCGCCUUCGGGCUUGGGGGCGCCCUGGAGGCAGCGGAGAAUGAGGGCCUGGGGCUGGGCUGCCCAUCGCCCUGCAAGCGACUGGAUGAGGAGCUGAAGCGCAACCUGGAGACACUGCCCUCCUUCUCCUCGGACGAGGAGGACUCUGUGGCCAAGAACCGGGACCUGCAGGAGAGCAUUUCCUCCGCCAUCUCAGCCCUGGACGAUCCCCCCCUUGCCGGACCCAAGGACACUGCUACCCCAGACGGGCCUCCCUUGGCCAAUGCAGCUGUGGUCCCGGGACCCCCGCCUCUUCCCGGGCUCCCGAAUGCCAACAGCAACGGCACGCCCGAGCCCCCGUUGCUGGAGGAGAAGCCGCCACCCUCCCCGCCUCCUGCGCCUCAGCCUCAGCCUCAGCCUCCUCCGCUGCCGCCACCCCCACCGCCAGCCCUACCCUCACCGCCACCCCUGGUGGCCCCCGCAGCCAGCUCGCCGCCUCCACCACCACCACCUCCACCGCCCCAGCCCCAGCUGCAGCCGCAGCCGCAACUCCAAGCACUGCCUCAACCGCAGCCACCACCAGCCAUGCCUGCGUCCCCGACCCCGCCGCCGCCGCCACCACCUCCACCACCACCACCUCCGGCGCCCCCAGCCCCACCUGCCGCCCCUCCCGAGGAGCCCCCUGCACCGUCCCCGGAAGACCCCGAACCACCCGACGCGCGGCCCCUGCACCUGGCCAAGAAGCAGGAGACUGCGGCCGUGUGCGGGGAGACGGACGAGGAGGCCGGCGAGAGCGGUGGCGAGGGCAUCUUCCGCGAGCGCGACGAGUUCGUCAUCAGGGCUGAAGACAUCCCAUCGCUCAAGCUGGCGCUCCAGACUGGACGUGAGCCCCCACCCAUCUGGCGCGUGCAGAAGGCCCUCCUGCAGAAGUUCACCCCGGAGAUCAAGGAUGGCCAGCGACAGUUUUGUGCCACCAGUAACUAUUUGGGAUACUUUGGGGAUGCAAAAAACCGGUACCAGCGUCUGUACGUCAAGUUCCUGGAAAACGUCAACAAGAAGGACUACGUGCGUGUCUGUUCCCGGAAACCAUGGCACCGGCCCCCCAUGCCAGUCAGACGCUCUGGGCAGGCCAAGGGCCCUGCACCUGCUGCCAGCAGCUCUGCCCCGCCCCCCAAAGCCCCAGCCCCACCCCCUAAGCCUGAAACUCCCGAGAAGGCCACGUCCACGUUGGAGAAGCCUCCGGAGCCAACGCCAGAGAUGGCUGUGCCUGAGCCCCCAGCUCCGGAGAAGCCGUCCCCACCACGGCCUGCGGACAAGGAGAAGGACAAGGAGAGGGUGACCCGCACUGAGCGGCCACUGAGGGGAGGCAGCAGUGGUGGCAGCGGCAGUGGUGGUGGUGGUGGUGGCCGGCAGGCGCGGCCUGAGCGGAGCCUCACCACAGCCCAGCCCGCCACUUCCCGCCUGCCCAAGGCUCGGCUGCCCAAGGUCAAGGCUGAACCACCCCCUAAGAAGAGGAAGAAGUGGCUGAAGGAGGUGGCGGGCAAUGCUGCAGCAGGUGGGGGCCCCGCAGGCAGCUCCUCGGACUCCGAGUCAUCCCCAGGAGCCCCCAGCGAAGACGAGCGGGCGGUCCCGGGGCGCCUGCUGAAGACACGGGCCAUGCGGGAGAUGUACCGGAGCUAUGUGGAGAUGCUGGUGAGCACGGCACUCGACCCAGACAUGAUCCAGGCCCUGGAGGACACACAUGAUGAGCUGUACCUGCCGCCCAUGCGGAAGAUCGAUGGCCUCCUGAAUGAGCACAAGAAAAAAGUCCUAAAGCGGCUGUCGCUGAGCCCAGCCCUGCAGGACGCCCUGCACACGUUCCCCCAGCUGCAGGUGGAGCAGAGCGCGGAGGGCUCCCCCGAGGAGGGCGCCGUGCGGCUGCGGCCAGCUGGGGAGCCCUACAACCGCAAGACGCUCAGCAAAGUCAAGAGGAGCGGCGUGCGCGCCCAGGAGUUCAAAGUGGAGCUGGAGAAGUCGGGAUAUUACACUCUCUACCAUUCACUCCACCACUACAAGUACCACACCUUCCUUCGCUGCCGCGACCAGACCUUGGCCAUCGAGGGCGGCGCCGAGGACCUGGGCCAGGAGGAGGUGGUGCAGCAGUGCAUGCGCAACCAGCCGUGGCUGGAGCAGCUCUUCGAUUCCUUCAGCGACUUGCUGGCUCAAGCACAGGCCCACAGCCGCUGCGGGUGACUGUCCCUCCCUGGGGCGCCCCCUCCAAGAACCGAGCACUGGGGCAGAGCUGCCUCCGCGGGAGCUGUCCCCUGGGCUCCAGGUGCUGGGGGUAGGGGGUCGUUGAUCAGGGUGUGUCCAGGCUGACCCCUAGGGCAGGGUUCAAAGUUCGACUCCCUGCUCUUCCAAGCCCCUCCCCCCACCAAGCCCUAGCCGCUCUUUCCCGUUUCCUCCCACUGUUCCGGUGUACAGAGAAAUUAUUUAUAUAUAUGUAUAAAUGUCUAUUUAGUAACGGUUCCCUCUGCCCCCACACCUCACCCCUCCCUGGCCCUGAUUGCCCACCCCUCCCCCGUGGCCACAGAGCCCCCUGUCCCCUCUGCCUUGUACAUAAUGUAUAGGAAAAGUCUAUGUAUGGUUGAGGGGGUGCGGGGCGGCUUCCCAGAGCUGGGGGGGUACGCCCCAAGCUCCCCCCACCCUCCUUACAGGCCAAGAUCUUUGCAAAAGGCCAUUCCCUUCCCCCUGGGCAUCCGGCGUCGGGCGGGAGGGGGAAACGCAUCUUGUUAAUUAUUUUUAAUCUUAUUUAUUGUACAGACCUGGGGCGGGGGUUGUGGGGACAAAGUGGGUGGAGGGUCCCCGCGCUCUCUGCCUCCUUCUCCCACUCCUUUUCUACGGCAGUCUGUCUGUGUCCGCUCUGUGCCCCCCCACACCCCUCCCCGGCUUCCUGUCGUCUGGAUGUGGUUCUAUUUUUUAUUGGUCUCCCCCUCCCCAGCGCGCCUCCCCGGCCCCCUUCCUGCCCUCCCACCUCCCCCUGCCACCCUGUGUCUCUUGCUCUCUCUUGGGCUUCUGUACAACUCAACUUGUAUACACUGUGUACACACAACCAGCCAAACAAAAACCCAAUGGCAAACACUU